GCGAAAGGGGCGCCGCCUCCGCGAUGGCCGGGUCGCGCGGCGGCUUGUCGUCAGUCCCUGGCCGCGGGUUAUGGCGACGGCGGUGAAUGAAUUCUCCGGGCGGGAGAGGGAAAAAGAAGGGCUCAGCCGGCUCCAGCUCCCCGACCCGGGCCGCCGGGGCCUCCCCUUCGCCCUCCUCUCCGGCCGGGCCGCCUCCCUCAGCCCAGCCCCAGCCGGCGGCGGCGGCGGCAGCAGCGGCGGCCUCUCCUCACAAGCGCAACCUCUACUACUUCUCCUACCCGCUCUUCGCCGCCUUCGCGCUGCUCCGCUUCCUGGCCUUCCAGCUCGGGCUGCUCUUCGCCUGGGUGUGCGAGCGCCUGUCCCGCGGCGGGGCCCUCAUGGCCGCCGCCAAAGGCGCCGCCGGCAGGACCGGCGCCGGCGACGCGCCCGAGACGGUGAGGGCCUGCCACAAGCGCGCCUUCGAGUGCAUCUCCACGGCGCUGCGCAUCGACGAGGACGAGGCCGCAGGACAAAAGGAACAAGCUGUUGAAUGGUACAGAAAAGGAAUUGAAGAACUAGAGAAAGGAAUAGCUGUACUAGUUACAGGUCAAGGUGAUCAUUAUGAACGUGCUCGACGUCUCCAGUCUAAAAUGUUGACAAAUUUGGCAAUGGCCAAGGACCGGUUGCAGCUGUUAGAGAAGAUGCAGGCAGUUAAGCAAAUUCCCAAGCCGCAAAUGGAAGUCUAUAGUGACAGUACUAACCUGGUUUGCCGCAAUGGACAUCUCCAGUCAGAAAGUGGAGCUGUUCCAAAAAAGAAGGAUCCACUCACUCAAACUAGUAACUCGCUCCCUCGUUCAAAGUCUGUGGCAAAGCCUGGAUCUGUGGGCCUUUCAGGUCACCAAAGGACACCUAGUUAUAGCGGAAUAUCAAAUUUCCCCGUGCCUAGACAGGGAACAGCUCCAGCAACUUCAACUCAGAAGGCCACCCCCAAAAACAAUAGAUCCAACAAGCCUUCUACUCCUACAACUGCUGUACGAAAAAAGAAAGAUGUGAAGAAUUUUAGAAAUGUGGAUAGUAAUCUUGCUAAUCUUAUUCUCAAUGAAAUUGUAGACAGUGGGCCAUCUGUCAAAUUUGAUGAUAUUGCUGGGCAGGAGCUAGCAAAGCAGGCGCUGCAAGAAAUUGUUAUUCUUCCAUCUCUUAGACCUGAGCUGUUCACAGGGCUCAGGGCUCCUGCCCGUGGAUUGUUGUUGUUUGGCCCACCGGGAAAUGGAAAGACGAUGCUGGCCAAAGCAGUGGCUGCAGAAUCUAAUGCAACCUUUUUUAACAUAAGUGCAGCAAGUCUGACAUCAAAAUAUGUUGGUGAAGGGGAGAAAUUGGUGCGUGCCCUUUUUGCAGUGGCCAGAGAACUUCAGCCUUCCAUAAUUUUUAUAGAUGAAGUUGAUAGCCUCUUAUGUGAAAGAAGAGAAGGUGAACAUGAUGCCAGCAGACGUCUAAAAACAGAAUUUUUAAUAGAGUUUGAUGGUGUACAGUCUUCUGGAGAAGACCGAAUACUUGUGAUGGGAGCAACUAAUAGGCCACAGGAGCUUGAUGAUGCUGUUCUCAGGCGAUUCACCAAGCGGGUGUAUGUAUCUUUACCAAAUGAAGAGACACGAUUGCUUUUAUUAAAAAAUCUCUUGAGCAAGCAAGGAAAUCCAUUAACCCAAAAAGAGCUGGCACAGCUAGCUAGAAUGACAGAAGGUUACUCAGGGAGUGACUUAACAGCAUUAGCAAAGGAUGCAGCUCUUGGCCCUAUUAGAGAACUUAAGCCUGAGCAAGUGAAGAAUAUGUCUGCCAGUGAGAUGAGGAACAUCAGAUUGUCAGAUUUCAGUGAGUCCUUGAAGAAAAUAAAACGUAGUCUAAGUCCUCAGACCCUGGACGCUUAUAUUCGCUGGAACAAGGAUUUUGGAGAUACUACCGUCUGAUACACAGCUUUAUAAAAUGAAAGGAGAAUGAUGCCAGCAAAGGACAGUUGAUUCAGACUCCUGCUGGAAUGCAGCCAGAGUUUACAGGACCUUACAGAUUUCUAAGUAUCUGUGCUGAAAUGAGGCUGAUUUUAAGGGGAAA